AUCUUUCGUGGCUCUUAUCUCUCUCUCACACUGGCUGACAGUCUUUGAAUCGUUCACGAAUUGAAGUGAUGAAUCCGGUCGCUGUUAAUCGCGUUUCCUUCGACUGCGUUUCGCGUUUCUCUUUGAUCCGUCGAGAAUCAGGCGGCGGCGGAUUCUCCGGUGCUCGGAUUGUGAAAUCGCGUGGAAGGAAUCGGCGGCUGCAUGCGGUUACGGCGAGUUUGAUCACCAGCGCUGACUCGUUCGAGGUGGGGAGGCUUAUCGGAAGCUACGGAUUCAUGAAUGUAACUAGUUAUUCAGGGUUGCGGUCAGGAGAUGAAUUUGAAUCUUCAUCUGAUGAUAUUGGGAGAUUAAAAUCUCAGGACAUUGGAGAAGGCGCCGUUAAGAUCAGACUAUACGAAGGAAGAAUAUCACAAGGUCCAUUUCGAGGAACACCUAUCACCUUUAAGGUCUAUCCCGGACAGCGUGCUGGUGGAAUUGAGGCUGACAUGAUGGCCGCUAACGAGUUGAAUGCACAUUCUUUUCUCCAGAGCAAUAAAAACCUACCUGCUAACCUGCUUAUACUUGUUGGUGGCUUUGAGACACAGUUUGGGGAACAGUGGCUGGCUUUUCGUGACGGUGGUAAAGAUAGUGCAGCUGAUUACGCGCGAAUUGCGAGUGAAAAAACAUCAAGAGCUCGCUCACAAGGAGCAUGGAAUCCUUACGAAAAGGAAGUGACGAUGAAACGAAGGAGAAAUUUUGUUGUUACGAUCCUACAAGGUGCAAUGAAAGGUCUAGCCUUUAUGCAUGCCAAUGAUAGGUUACACCAAAGCCUCGGGCCCUCCUCGAUUGUUCUCAAUACACCAGCGGAGAGAGAAGCCAUGUAUUUAAUCCCGAGGCUGCGAGAUCUAGCCUUUUCUGUUGACAUAAGGCCAUCAUGCUUGGAAGAAGGAGCGACCUCUGGUGCACUAUCAGAGCAACUUUGGCGAAGGGCAACUGCUUCGGGCGCCUUCACAGUUUUUGAGAAGAGAGCUUUUGGGAUUGCAGAUGACAUAUAUGAAGCCGGUCUUCUCUUUGCAUACUUGGCCUUUGUUCCGUUCUGUGAAGCAGGCGUAAUGGAUUCUCUUUCUCUUCAGAGACUACUGGAAAACACAUUCCGGCUGGAUAUUGAGGCAGUAAGAGAGUACUGUUUAGCUGAUGAACGCCUUGAAGAAGCUGUUAAGUUUCUGGAUUUUGGUGAUAGAGCUGGUUGGGAAUUGCUCCAGGCAAUGUUGAACGCUGACCACAGGAAACGGCCAAUGGCGGAAGCUGUUCUUAGUCACCGAUUCUUGAACGGCAUUGUUAAAUGAUAGGAGAGAGAGAUUAUGUAUUUAAGUAGUUAUCCAUACGAUUAUCAAUUAUUGGUUCAUUUUCUGCAAAUAUAUCUUUGGUUCUUCUAUAUCAUUGAUCAGUUUUUUCAUGCCU